AGUGCUCCAGCGCAGCUCGGGGGCUCGGCUGAGGCGUGAGGGGACACAGCGCUGCUGCUCCUCGCCAAUACCCCCUGACACCCCCGGCUGCCGAAACCUCGGCAGGGAAGGCAGGAGCGGCAUUCCCGGGACAGCAAUGCGGGCGGGAUGCGGGGCUCCCGUUAAUGGUUAACGGCGGCGGCAGCGCCUCCGGCCCCGCUGAAGGACAAUGAGCCCCGCGCUCGGCUCCGCUCGCCCUCCCCGCGCCGCCGAGCCCCGGCCGGCCCUGCACCAGUGGCACCCCUGCUCUCCUGCUUUCUGCACAGCACCCAAAGGCUGACAGGGACUUGAUUUGCUGCAGCUUUUUGCUCAGAUGGAUGGAAGGCUCCCACCAAGGCUGUUUACCCACUAAAUGGAUCCCUGAGGAGCUGCAGGGCGAGAAGGUUCUCCUGGGAGCCGAUUUCCUCCUGUUUUUCUUUGAGCUGCCUGAAGAACAUCCCAGGGAGAUGGAGGAGCCCUGCACCUAAGAGCCAGCUCUGCUUUCUGCUCAGUGGGAAGGAGGCACCAUUCCAGCAUGAAAUCCAGUGCAAACCAAAUUUUGAUACCAAGUGCUUCAAGGAUAAAGACUUCAUGUAAUUGCUGUGGGAUUCACACUGCUGCACUCUCAUUCUUCUGACUGUUCAACAAGGCAAAGAUGAUCUGAAUGUUUAACUGGACUAUGAUAAGAAGACAGGAUCUGGAAGUAAAAGAUGAACCCACUUCAUGCAAAGAAAUCAAGAUUUUUAGUGUGUGUUGCUGUCUGUAUGUUCAUCUACACCUUCAUUUACCUCAAGGUUCCACUUUAUGACGAGUCAGAUGAGCAAAAAUUCCGUGUCAAAAGAGCAGAGUGUGGUUUUUACCCAGAUGAACUUUGCUCUGCUCUUUUUGUGGGGAAACCUGCAGCGUUUAGAAUUGGAAACUUUUGUCAGAAGUCCUACCAGCCCAAAGCCCUCAGCUGCAUUCAGACUUCCUGCAGCUGCUCCACAGUCCUGAAGACUUUGCAUUUUAUCACCACACCACUGUCAGAGGAAGAAGGAAAUUUCUCCUUGGCAUACAUUAUUACAAUUCACAAGGAGCUGGAAAUGUUUGUGAGGCUGCUAAGAGCUAUUUAUAUGCCUCAGAAUAUUUACUGCAUCCACAUUGAUGAAAAGUCACCCAGAGAUUAUAAAACUGCUGUACAGAACAUCGUUAACUGCUUUGAAAAUGUUUUUAUUUCCUCCAAAAGAGAACACGUUGUUUAUGCAGGGUUUUCAAGAUUACAAGCUGAUAUUAAUUGCAUGAGAGACCUCGUGAACUCCAAAGUUCAGUGGAAUUAUGUUAUUAAUCUUUGUGGUCAGGAUUACCCCUUGAAAACAAAUAAAGAAAUCAUUGAAUACAUCAAAAGUAAAUGGAAUGGUAAGAACAUCACCCCUGGGAUCGUGCAGCCCCUGCACGUGAAGCACAGGACAGAGGUCAGCUACAGGGAGUACGUGCACUCUGGAGUGCCCUACGUGUACCCAGCCAAGGUCAGGAAAGCUCAGCCCCCACACAACCUGACCAUCUAUUUUGGCAGUGCCUACUACAUCCUCAGCAAGGCCUUUGUGGAGUUCACCCUGAGCGAUGCCCGGGCUAAAGCUCUGCUGGAGUGGUCCAGGGACACCUACAGCCCUGAUGAGCACUACUGGGUCACCCUCAAUCGUUUACCUGAUGCUCCAGGGGCUACACCCAAUGCAGGCUGGCAAGGAGACCUGAGAGCCAUUAAAUGGAAAGAUCAAGAAGGGCUCUCACACAAAGGCUGCAAAGGUCAUUACGUCAGAGACAUCUGCAUUUAUGGCCUGGGGGAUCUGCAGUGGAUCAUCGAGUCCCCCCAUCUGUUUGCCAACAAGUUCGAGGCUGCCAGGGACCCGCUGGGGCUGCAGUGCCUGGAGCGGCGGCUGCGGCUCAAGGCGCUGCGCCAGGCUCGCGUGCCCAUCGAGCAGCACUGGCGCCUGCAGGAGCACAGCCACUUCAACAUGCAGCUGGACGUGUGAGCUCAGCCCCUGCCCUGCAGCUGGGCAGCAGCCUGGCAGGAGCAGCAGGACAUGGGGGUGUUUGCAGGCUCGGCUUCGCUCUGCGCGCGAGGGGAAAGCGCGGUCCUGCAAACCCUGAAUUUUUAUUUAUUCCGGUGGUAAUGGGUUCAUUCCCAAAAAAUGUCUGAAUUCAAGGGGAGAAGUUCAUCAUCCAUCAAGUGACUUAUUUAGCUGGAAAGUCAAUAUUCCUCAUGUCCACAGCCAAAGCAUGAAAAUAAUAAAAUGGGAGCAGUGACUGAACGAAGAUAAAAUAUGCAGAAAUUACAAAUUAAAGUCAUGGCCAGUGAAUGUCUCAUGAA